CUAUAAAAGCAACAGGUGAGCUGAUGAUACUUUAUCAGACGUGAAAAUGUUGAAGUUUGUACUCAUAGUGGGCAUCUCGGUCGGCCUGUUCCUGAGUGUAGCAUAUGCAGGUUCAAACGAAGCUACAUCUGACGGUUCCGAUGAUGAUUCAGCCGACGAUGACAACAUUAACGAAAACGGCAAUGAUACAGAAUGCUCUUGUAAAAAAAACUGCCCAGAAGGCGAAGAGUACUCAGACUGUCCUCAAGCAAUAUGUGGCCCUUUGACAUGUGAUGAAACAGGUUUUCCGAAGACCAUCUGUGGCGAUAAGGCUACGUGCAAGCCAGGGUGCAUUUGUAAAGGCAAACUCAGAAAUAAAGACGGACAAUGUGUUUCACCAGACCAAUGCCCAUCUUGCGGCGGUGACAAUAAUGCAACAUCGGGAUGCGGAACCAAUUGCAAAAAGUUGUGUACAGAUUUAGUCAAUCCUAAUCGUGUAUGCGGUAUAGGUUGUACAUUAAAUGGAUGCGACUGCAAGAACGGUUUUUACUAUGACAGCAAUUUAAGGAAAUGUGUUAAACCAGAAGACUGCACCUCAACAUGUCCAAAAGGCGAAAAAUACUCAGCUUGCCCAGCUGCAAUCUGCGGCCCUCUUACAUGUGCAGAAGCUGGUUACCCAAAAACGUGCUGUAGCAAUAGCUCCUCCUGCUCGAGCAACGCAAGUUGCAUAUGCCAAGACUCCUGCCUAAGAGAUUUGACUGGAAAAUGCAUUCCUUCAAAUCAGUGUCCAUCAUGUGGAGGUGACGAGAAUGCAAUUCCUAGCAACCGUGGCAACUGUGGGCGCACUUGUGCUGAUAUAGGCAAGAAUGUGACGGCUUGCCCAAAAGUGUAUAUAAUAAAUGGAUGUGAAUGUAAACCAAACUACUACUAUGAUACCAAAACAAAAAAAUGCGUCACAGCAGACAAAUGCAUUCCAACCUGCCCGGCCGGUGAAGAAUACUGUGAUUGUCCGGAGGCAUCCUGUGAACCCGUGACAUGUGAUGAAGUUGGUUAUCCAAAACCCAAUUGUGGAAAUAUAUCUUUAUGUUCAUGCAAACCUAGGUGCGUUUGCAAAGACGGCAAAGUAAAGGAUAAGGCAGGAAAGUGUGUACCACGAAAAGAAUGCCCGUCUUGUGGCGGUGAUAUAAAUGCAGAACCUGGAUGCGCUACGAAUUGCGGAAAGAAGUGCUCUGACGUGGUCACCCCGAAUCUCAUAUGCCCUAGAAUUUGCAAACUGAACGGAUGUGAUUGUAAGAAGGGUUAUUACUACGACGGUGUCUCCAACAAAUGCGUUAAACCAGAUGAUUGUCCAUCAUCAUCCGUAUGUCCAAAACCUAAUGAAGUGUACGACAAAUGCCCUGACUGCUCUCCCCAGACCUGCGCUACUAAAGAUGAUGUCUUUCAUUGCCCAAUGAUACCAGCAAAUAAAACAGGCCCCAACUGCAAGCCAGCUUGUAGAUGUAAACCAGGUUACCUCAAAAAUCCAGAGGGAGUCUGUGUGAAGGAGUGUGACUGUCCAAUCCCAACAUGUCCAAAAGGAGAGGUAUACUCGCCCUGUCCACCAGUACAAUGUGAUGCGGAAAAUUGUCCCAAAAAUAGAGACGGCCCGCAGUCUUGUCCAAUUCCAAAGAAAUGUGGAAAGGGAAGAUGCGUCUGCGGCAUCAAUGAAAGGCGCGACCGUAAAACCGGCAAAUGCAUUCCCAUCGCAAACUGUCCACCGUUCAAGUGUGAUAAAGAGAAUGAAGUCUACGCAAGUUGCCCAUCUCCGGGCCCCGGAAAAUUAUGUACUGAUUAUUUGAAAAACUCAACUUGUCCCAGUGACAAUAGUGGGAACAAUACAAUUGUUUGUCGUCCAGCAUGCAUAUGCAAGAAAGACACUUACCGAAAUAAGAAAGGCAAUUGUGUUAGUGGUAAACAAUGUAAAGAUGAUACCUGCCCAGACGGCGAAGAAUAUUCUGAAUGUCCUGACGCAUCCUGCAGUCCUUUGACUUGUGAUAAGGCAGGCUUCCCAAAUCCUAAUUGUGGGAACAGCUCUUCGUGUCCUGGCAAACCUGGGUGCAUUUGCAAAGACGGAAAACUUAAAAACAAGGAUGGAAAAUGCGUAGAUUCAAACGAAUGCCCAUCUUGCGGCGGUGACGAAAAUGCGGUACUUGGUUGCGGUAAUCAUUGUGGACGUACAUGUGCUGACCUACGCAGCAAUGUCACCCGGAUCUGUCCACUUUAUUGCAUACUGAAUGCCUGCAGUUGUAGACCAAACUAUUACUAUGAUGGUAAUACCAAAAAAUGCGUUAAGCCUGAAAAAUGCACACCUACUUGCAAAGGAAAUGAGGUGUAUUCUUCUUGCGCUAACGUAAUCUGUCGCCCGCAAGACUGUAAGGAUAAAGGAAAACGUGUGCCCUGCCCGCUUGUAAAGCCGGGAGCCUGCGUGCCAGGAUGCAUCUGUCCUGCGAAACAUUUGAAGAAAAACGGUGUUUGUGUACCAGAGGACCAGUGUGACAAACCUAUCUGCAAGGCUAACGAAGUAUAUUCUAGCUGCCCUGCUGCAAGCUGCGUUCCUAAAUACUGCAAGGACAAGGGAAAGCCUGUACCUUGCCCACGCUUGAAGCCAGAAGCUUGCGUCCCGGGUUGUGUCUGUCGUGAGAAAUACUUGUGGAAGAACGGUGUUUGUGUGCCAGAGGACCAGUGCGAAGACAAACCUAUCUGCAAGGCUAACGAAGUAUAUUCUAGCUGCCCUGCUGCAAGCUGCGUUCCUAAAUACUGCAAGGACAAGGGAAAGCCUAUACCUUGCCCACGCUUGAGGCCAGAAGCUUGCGUCCCGGGUUGUGUCUGUCGUGAGAAAUACUUGUGGAAGAACGGUGUUUGUGUGCCAGAGGACCAGUGCGAAGACACUCCAACUUGUCCUAUUGGAGAGGUGUACGAGAAGUGCGCACCAGUCAAGUGUGAUGCAGAUUAUUGUCCGAAGUGCAGAGACUCGCCUCAAACCUGUCCGAUUCCGAAGAAAUGUGAAAAGGGAAGAUGCGUUUGUGGCUUUAACAAAAAACGUGAUCGCAAGACUGGCAAAUGCAUACCCAUCGCAAACUGUCCUCCUUUCCCAUGUACGAAACCGAAUGAAGUUUACGACAACUGCCCACCGAUAGUACAGUGCCCCGGACAAACAUGUGCCGAUUAUUUGAAGAACACGACUUGCCCUACAUACCGCAUAGGCAUCGUUCUACCUUGUAAGCCAGCAUGUAGAUGCAAGAAAGGCUAUUACAAAGAUAGCAAAGGAAAUUGUGUCACUCCUCAGAAGUGCAAAGAGCUAGCCUGCAAACCAAACGAAGUAUUUUCCAGCUGCUCUAAUGGAAUAUGUCGUGCGCAAGAUUGCAAGGAUAAAGGGAAGCCCGUGCCUUGCCCAGACUUGAUGCCGGGAGCUUGCGUCCCUGGUUGUGUCUGUCGUGAGAAUUAUUUGAAGAAGAACGGUGACUGCGUACCAGAGGAUCAGUGUGGAGAGUGUUCAUGUUCGAAACCUUAGUUUACCUUUUGUAAUAAUUUUUUGGAAACAUUGCGUUUCAACUGCUUUAGGCCCGUAUUAUAAAUAGAUUCUCAGUAAUUAAUCUAGUCUUGAGCAUAAUCAGAAACGGAUAAUGCUCUAUAAAGCACAUAGCGACAUCCCUUUUUAACUGUACUCAAGUAAAGAUCAACACUUAGUAGUCAUUCUGUUAAACCUUUUAGGCGUUCUGUCCCAAAAUAAAUAAAUACAACUCUUUUGAAUAGUCUGACAGUUUCGUUUUUUCCUACCACCCAUCUCAGCAAGUUCUUUCAAUUGUAUGUAAGAAGGCCGUACGUGACUCCAUGUACGCCUUUAUUACAUAUGAACAUGACUAAUUAUAUUAAUUAAUUGAAUUGCAAGAGUCCGAACGGUAUGAGUUUGAUUCCAUGGAAGAUGGGCCGGGUGCUAAUAUGAGAUUCAACCUGUUCAGACACGCUGGCCCCUUCCCAUCUACAUGGAACCAACAACAGAGCUGGUGCGGCUUGUUACGCGACUGAAAAAGCAAAAGCAUGCAAAUACAGGGGUCUAGGCUCCAAAUAUGAUUUUGUCCCAUUCGGUGUCGA